AAAUCUGAAGCGCUAAUUUCUCGAGAAAAGAAUGCUAUUGAGAGACUUCAAAAGCACCAGGAGAUUGAAGCAAAAGAAAUUUAUAUCCAGAGGCAGGAUUUGCUGAAAGACAUUGAAAUGGUAAGAAGUAGAGAAGCUGAACUAAAGCAAAGAAUGGAAGCUUUCAAAUUAGCCCAGAAGCUACAAGAAGAAAAAUAUAAAACCCAGGAAGAAUCCUUGAGAAGAAGGGAGCUGAAUGUGGGGAACAUGGAGGAGGCAUAUGAACAAAGGCUCAAGAAUGAACUUCUAAAAUAUCAGCUUGAAUUAAAGGAAGAAUACAUAACCAGAUCUAAUAGAGUGCUUGAAGAAGAACAAAAGAAUAAAGAGAAAGCUAUGCGUUUGCAAGAAGAAGCCAAUGCUAUUAAUUCAAGAAGGGAAGAACUCAGGGAAGCUAUAUCUCAUGGCAAAAAUCUUGAGCUUGAAUUGGAUUCUCUCAAAGAACAAAUUUUAUUAGUAACAAAACAAAACCAGUCACUGAGUGAAAAAAUUAAAGAUACUACUGAUUAUUUACUUUUAAAAGAAGAUCGACUGGAGCUUCAGGCACAAAAUAAAUUGCUUAAACAACAAAUGGAAGAAAUUCGAAGUGAAAACAUGCACCUCCAAAGAAAAUCUACUCAGCCAUCACCUGAGUUCAUAGCCUUACAGAAAGAAUCAAAGAUGACAGAAAAUGCAAGAAAGCUUGAACAAAAGGCAUUUGAGACUGAGAAACAAUCCCUAGAAAAACGACUCCAAGAUGAGGUUGAACGUUGUUCAUUACUGAAGAACCAGAUAUUGGAUUAUGAAGUUUCUACAAGGAGGUUAAAUAUGCAGAUCGAUGACUUGAAAUUGCAACUUAGACAAACCCAGGCAGCUUUAGAAAAUGAAGUAUACCGAAAUUCAAAGCCAUCGUUGGUUGAUCACUCAGGCAUUAAUUUCACAAGUGACAAGGCUGUACCUCAUGAUAAUUAUAUAGAUAAUUUCUUGAAGAAUCGACUCUUUUCUGAUGAUAUUGUCCAGUCUGAAGAUAUUCCAAGGAACAGGUAUUACCAGCAUCCCAGAAUUGAGAGUGAUACCACAGAUACUGACCUUGAAUUUGUAGCUAAUACUAAAGCAAGGGUAAAAGAACUAGAGAAAGAGGCAGAACACUUAGAAGAAGCCUACAGGAAUUACCAGCAACGAGUUUCUCAAGCCACAAUGAAAAGCAUUUCACCAGCAAGGAGUCAGUCUCCUUUAUUUAUACCAGAAAUUUUAAGUAGUAGCAUUCUUGAAAAAAAUAUGUUUGCAGAGAACAAAUUUGUUUCUGAGCAGCUUCCACUCAGCAGUUCAAAAGAUGAAAGGGGUGAUGGGAUUACUGAUUACCAAACUCCACAGCAAAGGAAAGCUCUUUCCCCCAGACAUCUUUCCUCUACUCCACGUCCAAAAGCAAGGAGAAGCCUUAGUAGCCAGAUCUAUUUAGGAGGUAACAAUGGUUCAUUUGUUGGGUCUCCCUGUCCACCUGCUGACAAAAUUCCAUCACCAAUUCCAAAGACAAGUCAACCUCUUUCUGCUCCCAAUAUCUCAGUUACUUGCUUACCAGGCAAUCAUGAACAGAAUUCAAGUAAUUCUGAGAAGCACACGGAUCAAGAUAUAAGUGGAUUUUCAGAUUCGGAGAAAUUAGGCAUUGAAGAUGUUCAAAAUCAGUCUUCUUUAGAAUAUGGUGGGAACAUUCCAAAGCAACUUGAAAAAGAUGUGCUAUAUCAAGCGGGAGAUAAGGUUCCCACUAACAAUGUCAUAAACAAUGAGCCAACAAUAACUACUUUUCAUCAAGGCCCAAAUUUAGAAGAACAGAACACAGAAGAAAAAUGGGAAGAGGAACGGAAAGAGAGAGAAGAAAAGCGACAGAGAGAAAGAUUGGAAAUUUUUGAAAGAGAACAAAAAGAACUACAAAGACUGAAUGAAGAAAUGAUAUUACUUGAAGAAUCAUUAAAAAGUGAAGUAGAAAAAGAUGCUAAAGGGUUAGAAAUCAUCGAAAAAGAAUUGGAAAACAAAGAAAUUGUCAACCCUUUAGAAAAAUAUAUGAAAAUUAUCCAGCAGAAUAAAGAACAGGAAUCAGUUAAGAGCUCAAAAAAAGAAGUUUUGGAAGAAGCAUCUAUAGAAGAAACACUGUUAUCUAAUGAUAAAGCUGAGAGUUUGUCAGCUUCUGAAGAACCAGAUGACUUCUGGUAAGAUGUUUGCUUCCUGGACUCAUACUUAGAGCAGUGUCAUGUAUCAAGUAUAGGCCCAGGUUUUCAUUGUUGAAAGCCGGAAUAUUUAAUAAAGAUUUUACAUA